AUGAGUGAAGAGAGCGAUAAACAGGACAAUUCGUCCUUAAACACUUCAAACUCAAGAGGGCCUUCCCACUAUGAGGGUUUCACGCCAGAAGUCCGAGACAACAUCAGACUGUUGGCCAGAUCAAUGACCAGAGACUCGCAGAAUGCUUCUAAUGACCAUGAGCUCAAUCUCGUUAGAACAUUGAGUCGUCUUUCGAGCCAGGGUGGUCCGCCUGUCAAUCCCAUAUUGGAUGAAGAAAUUGAUCCUCGUUUGGACCCCAAUUCCGAUUCGUUUAGUUCUGAGUUCUGGAUCAAGAACAUGCGUAAAAUGACAUACAGUGACCCAGACUACUUCAAACCAUCUUCCCUCAGUGUCAUUUACAAGAAUCUUAGAUGUUACGGCCAUGCUGUGGGCUCCGACUACCAGCCAACGUUUGGUAAUUCUCCUCUCAAGGGUCUUACACAAGCAAUCAGAAAGUUUGACAAAAAUUACCAGAAAAGCAAUGAAUUUGAUAUUUUGAAGAGCAUGGACGGGAUAGUUCCCACUGGGAAAUUAACUGUCGUUUUGGGCCGUCCUGGUGCGGGAUGCUCAACUUUUUUGAAAACUAUUGCGUCGCAAACUUACGGUUUUCAUGUUGGUGAAGAGUCGAUCAUCUCUUAUGAUGGACUUACACCACAGGAGAUCGAACGUCAUUUUAGAGGUGACGUUGUUUAUUGUGCUGAGACUGAGAAUCACUUCCCUCAAAUGACUGUUGGAGAUACCUUAACUCUUGCAGCUAAAAUGAGAACCCCACAGAACCGGCCAAAGGGUGUAACUAGAGAAAUGUAUGCCAAGCACAUGGCAGAUGUUGCUAUGGCCACUUUUGGUUUGAGCCAUACCAGAUACACAAAGGUGGGUAAUGACUUCAUCAGAGGUGUAUCUGGUGGUGAAAGAAAAAGAGUUUCUAUCGCAGAGGUUUAUUUGUCUCAGGCUAAUGUGCAAUGCUGGGAUAACUCCACUCGUGGUUUAGAUUCAGCCACAGCUUUGGAGUUUGUUAGGGCUCUUAAGACAAAUGCGAGGAUCGCAAAUGCUACUCCGAUUGUGGCUAUUUAUCAAUGUUCCCAGGAUGCGUAUGACUUGUUUGACAAUGUGAUUUUAUUGUACGAGGGUUAUCAAAUUUAUUCUGGUGAUGCCCGCUCUGCAAAAGAAUUUUUCAUUAAUAUGGGUUACCACUGCCCAGCUCGUCAGACAACGGCUGAUUUCUUAACUUCCUUGACUAAUCCAAAGGAACGUGAAGUGAGAAAAGGAUUUGAAGAUAAGGUUCCCCGCACCCCCAUUGAGUUUUACAAUUACUGGCAGAAUACCCCAGAGAAUCAGGCUACAACAAAGAAGAUUGAUGAAAUUUGGCAAAGUGAUAACCAUGAAAACAAACGGGAGGAAUUUUAUGCCCACCACAACGCCCGUCAAUCCAAGAAGUCUCGUCCACAUUCUGCUUUUACCGUUUCCUUUGGAAUGCAAGUGAAAUACAUCAUGCAGAGAAAUAUCUUAAGAUUACGUGGUGACCCUUCCGUCCCAUUGUUUGUGGUUGGUGGAAAUACAUUUAUUUCAAUUGUUAUUUCGACAAUGUUUUUGAGCUUAGCUCCAACUACAGCGAAAUUCUAUCUGAGAACAGCUGUUCUUUUCUUCGCCGUUUUGUUUAAUGCCUUCUCCUCGUUAUUGGAAGUCUUCUCGUUGUAUGAAGCUCGUGCAAUUGUCGAAAAACACAAAAAAUAUGCUUUAUACCACCCUUCGGCAGAUGCUUUGGCAUCUAUCAUGACUGAACUUCCCACAAAGAUCUGUAAUUGCAUAUGUUUCAAUCUCAUUUUGUACUUUAUUGUACAUUUGAGACGAGAACCAGGGUAUUUUUUCUUUUACAUGCUUAUGAAUUUCACAGCUACACUAGCCAUGUCUCAUUUGUUUAGAACCAUUGGUGCAGCCACGAAGUCAUUAUCUCAGGCCAUGACACCCGCUUCUAUCUUGUUGUUGGCAUUGACUAUCUUCACUGGUUUUGUUAUUCCACCUAAGAAAAUGCAUGGCUGGUGUCGGUGGAUCAAUUAUAUUGAUCCAGUCGCUUAUGCAUUUGAGGCGUUAGUGUCCAAUGAAUUCCACAAUCGUAACUUCAAAUGUUCAGCUUAUGUCCCUAGUGGACCAGGAUAUGAAAACAUUGGCAGUUUUAACAGAAUCUGUUCUGUUGUGGGCGCUGUUGUGGGAGAAGACACUGUGAAUGGGGAUCGGUACAUUGAACUUUCGUUUGAUUAUUAUAACAAACAUAAAUGGAGAAACUGGGGCAUCGUGGUUGCUUAUGUUAUAUUCUUUUUAUUCACUUACAUCAUCCUUGUGGAAUAUAACAAGGGUGCUAUGCAAAAGGGUGAAAUUUUGGUGUUUCAACGGUCUGCAAUAAAGAAACACAAAAAACUCGCUCGUGAUCUUGAAGAGGGUAAUACUGAAAAACCCCGCCCAGAGGAUGAUUUUGAUGACGAAAAGGACAGCGACAAUGAUAACAGACUACCUAAAUCUACUAACACAUUCCAUUGGAGAGACAUAACCUAUUCCGUCAAGGUCAAAAAUGAAAAGAGAAUUCUUUUAGAUAAGAUUGAUGGAUGGGUGAAACCAGGAGAGCUUACUGCUUUGAUGGGUGCUUCAGGAGCAGGUAAGACUACUUUGUUGAAUUGUUUAUCUGACAGACUCACCUCUGGAGUCAUCGAGACUGGAACAAGGAUGGUUAAUGGUCGCCAUUUAGACUCAUCUUUCCAAAGAUCGAUUGGAUAUGUUCAACAACAGGAUUUACACUUGAGCACAUCUACUGUACGUGAGGCUUUGCGUUUUUCAGCCUAUUUACGGCAGGCAUCAUCAGUUACAAAGGCGGAGAAAAAUUCUUAUGUGGAGUAUAUUAUCGACUUAUUGGAAAUGAGAAAAUACGCAGAUGCUGUGGUGGGUGUGCCAGGAGAAGGUCUUAACGUCGAGCAAAGGAAGAGAUUAACCAUUGGUGUUGAAUUGGCUGCUAGACCAAGACUUUUGGUAUUUUUGGAUGAGCCAACUUCAGGAUUGGACUCUCAAACUGCUUGGUCCAUCUGUAAAUUGAUAAGAAAAUUGGCAGACCACGGCCAGGCUAUCUUGUGUACAAUCCAUCAACCAUCAGCAAUGUUGAUCAAAGAGUUCGAUCGUCUUUUAUUCUUGCAGAAAGGUGGCCAAACCAUUUAUUUCGGUAAACUCGGUGAAGGAUGUAAUACGUUGAUCAAUUACUUUGAGAAAUACGGUGCUCCAAAAUGUCCGCCAGAGGCGAAUCCAGUGGAAUGGAUGUUGGAAGUUAUUGGUGCAGCCCCGGGUUCUCAUGCUAAUCAGGACUACUAUCAAGUGUGGUUGAAAUCCAAAGAGUAUGAGGAAGUACAGCGCGAGUUGGAUGAAAUGGAAAGAGAAUUACCUAAUAUUCCCGAAUCAGAUGAUCCGGAGAGGUUCAAGUCUUAUGCAGCUGGUUACUUACUUCAAUAUUGGCUCGUGUUACACAGAGUUUUCCAACAAUACUGGAGAACACCACAGUACACUUAUUCAAAGGUUUUUUUGGCCAUCACUUCUGCACUUUUCAAUGGUUUCACCUUCUUCAAAGCAAAAAAGACAGAACAAGGCUUGCAAAAUCAAAUGUUCUCGGUGUUUAUGUUUUUGGUUGUUAUCAUGACUUUGAUUCAACAGUAUCUUCCUCAUUAUGUUGCACAGAGAUCACUUUACGAAGUGAGAGAAAGACCAUCAAAAACCUUUUCUUGGCUUGCCUUCAUCACUGCCCAAAUCACAUCUGAAGUUCCGUGGAAUAUCCUUUGCGGUACUUUGGCCUUCUUCUGUUGGUACUACCCUGCUGGAUUGUAUAACAAUGCAACCCCAACUGAUACUGUCCACGAAAGAGGUGCAACGAUGUGGUUCAUCAUCGUUAUCUUUUUCAUCUACACAUCUACAUUGGCUCAGUUGUGUAUUUCGUUUUUCGAAUUGGCUGACAACGCCGCUAAUUUGGCAACUUUGAUGUUCACUGUGUGUUUGAACUUUUCUGGUGUUUUAGUGACAUACAAAAAGAUGCCCAAGUUCUGGAGGUUCUUAUACAGAUUUAAUCCUUUCACCUAUUUGAUUUCAUCGAUGUUGACUGUUUCUUUGGCAAAUUCAUCUGUGACUUGCGCCAAAGAAGAGUUAUUGAAUAUUCGCCCCACUGGCAAUCUUACUUGCGGAGAGUACAUGAAAGAUUAUAUGCUGCGGGCUGGAGGAUAUCUUCUUGAUGAAAGUGCCACUGGAAACUGCAAAUACUGCACAAUGGCGUCGACUAAUGCGUUUUUGCAAUCGAUUGAUGCGAAAUACAAACUUAGAUGGAGAGAUAUUGGCAUUUUCAUCGGAUUCUUAGUCUUCAAUGUUGUCAUGACUGUUAUCUUUUACUGGGUUUUCCGUGUCCCUAAACAUUCCCGGAUGAAGUCUUAG